AUGGCAUCACCGUGGUCAGCUGGGAAGAAGCUUGUGCAUCUAGAUCUGAAAGGUGCACCUCCAAAAAUAGAAUAUCUACUCCAGUUGAUUGAGCUGUUUGCGAAGCUGGGAGCGGAUGGGUUGCUGGUGGAGUAUGAAGACAUGUUCCCGUAUGAGGGAGAGCUGAAGGUGCUGCAGGCCUCCACACACUCUGCGUACAGUGGGGAGGAGGUGAUGCGGAUCCAGGAAGCAGCCAGAGCUCAGGGCCUGGAGGUCAUCCCACUCAUCCAGACCUUCGGACACAUGGAGUUUGUCCUGAAGCACGAGAGUCUCCGGAGCUUGCGGGAGGUGGAUCAGUGCCUGGGCACCCUGAGCCCACACGGAGAGCGCCCCCUACAGCUGCUGAUGCACAUGCUCCAGCAGGUCAUCCAGAGACACCCAGGCCUGAGCACGCUGCACAUCGGAGCAGACGAGGUGUACUUGCUGGGAGAGGGGGUGGAGUCCCAGAGGUGGCUGCAGGAGGCUCCCGGCCGCAGCCUGGAACAGCUCUUCCUCAGACAUGUGACCGCAGUGGCCCGAGCCGUGAAGACCUCGUGGCCCCACCUCACCAUCCUCAUGUGGGACGACAUGAUGAGAGACAUGAGCCAGGACACGCUCAGAGACAGUGGUCUGGUGGGACUGGUGCAGCCGAUGCUGUGGGACUACACACCGGAUUUAGAUGUGAACAAAACAGUGUCUCUGCUGCAGAAGUACGGGGCGGCCGGCAUGGCAGAGGUGUGGGCGGCUGGGUCUUUCAAAGGCUCCAGUGGCGUCCACGUCUGCGUCCCCUCGUCCCAGAGACACGUGGACAACACUCUGGGCUGGCUCAGAGUCGCAGCCGCCCUGUCCCCCACCACCAGGCUCCAGGGAAUCGCACUCACCGGCUGGCAGAGGUAUGACCACAUGUCUGUGCUGUGUGAGCUGCUGCCGGUGGCCCUGCCCUCGCUGGCCUCGUGUCUCCAAACUCUCACUGAUGGAGAGUUCUCUGCUGAAACCCAAAGCAAGAUCUGCUCCAAACUGGGGAUUUCCUCCGUGGAGGUGGAGACCAUGGAGAGAAUUUCAGAAGACACAGUCAUGUUUCCUGGAAGAUUCUUAGCAGAGAUAAUCGUCGACAUAAAUUCGUUUCUCAAUUCUGAAGACGUCCGUUAUUUUGAGAACAACAUGUUUGUAAGAGGUUGGUUCAGUCCUCACCAGCGACAGAGAAAGAUGGUCAACCCUUUGAUCGUGAAGCAGAUCCAGAACCAAGCCGCAGAGUAUCUGUCGAUGCUGCAGCAGAAGUGGGACGUCCUGAGGGAGGAGAUAAUGCACCUGUACCCAGAGCCCACGCAGCAGGAGUGGGAGCAGGAGCAUGUGUGGCUGGUGCGCGCUCCACUGCAGCGGAUCCUGGAGGAGACUGCAGCCUGCCUGUAG